CAGUCGACCUCGAGAUCUUGAGGAGAGCGGCUGCUUAACGCCAUUUUGUUUUCCUGUCAGACUGCGCGCCAACAUUUGUGUUGUGUUUAUCAACUUUUUAAAUUUUGAAUUUACUAAUGUGGCAAAGGCGCACAGUGUAUAAAGUUUUAAAGUGACCACGAAAAUUGAUCUAGUGUUUACCUCAUUGAGCGAUUGGUUUUAGAUUUCGUUUUGUGAUUAGUGCUGCUUGUGGUUUGUUCUUUUACUUUUUAGUUUCUGUCACCGGUAAUCCGGAAAGGACUAUUUGUAUGAACUAACACAGAAUGUGGGCCGUAUGAGGGUUCAAAAGAAGCAGCAGAAAAGCGAUCUUCAUGUUUCAAAACUAUGUAAGAAGAUAAAAUUACCGAUGAGACCAAAACGAAAAUCACCGAUACCGAUACAAUUAAAGUAACAAAACCAAAGUGAGGUACCAAAGAUCCGGUACCUCUACUACGUUGUCCAAUGACCGAUGAAACUGGUAACAUACCAGACAAUGAGGAUGGCGAUAAGGUAGCCCAAGACGAAAGAACCGAUAGCAAAACCGAUACCGAACCGAAGGAACCGAAAGAGACGAAAUCGGUGUCUUUCAAUAGAGACGUACACGUCAAAAGAUUCGGUAAACCGCGUGAAUCGCGGGGCGCCUCUUCUGAACAUCAAACGAAACCUGUAAGAAAAGAGCCUUUCACACAUCUCUCUGAACAGGAGCUCAUAGAAGAAGCUAACAAAGUCAUAGCUCAAGCUGAAAGCGUCACUUGUACAGCUGAUCACCCGCCAGAGAAGUUCUUUUCUUUGCCGCACAGAAGGAAAUAUAAAGAAGAUAAAUCACCAAGAAGAAACAGUGACGACGCAAACUCAGAUAUAAUAGUAAAAUCACCUCUUGGAAGAUCAAGUAGCGAUGUGAGUUCCAAAAGGAAAAAGGAAAGAACAUCACUGUCGACACUCUUCCGAAGAGCUCAACGUAACAAAAGCCCUGAUUUACCAGUGAUAGUAACAACCAAACCAGUUCCAAUAGUAAAAAGAAGUAAAAGUGACGUCUCUGAUUUAAAAUCUAACACUAAUCUAAGUAAAACUAAACCUAUACGAAAAAGAUCGGGAAGUGAAACAGAAGAGUUUCUUAAAUCUCUGAGGAAUAAAAAAUCACAGUUAUCUCCUAUUAUUGAAAGUUCACCUAGAGAAGAUUAUUUCAAAAAAACACCACCAUUAGAAGUAUUUCAGAAACAGAAAUUAUCUCAAAAAAAUAGUGUUAAGAGUGAAGAUUCAAAUAAUGAUAGAAAAGUUAACCCAGUAGAGAAACCACCUCGAUACAAGACACCUGAAAAACAAGUGCCUAAACCACCAGUUAGAACAAAGAGAGGUAAGUCAGUAGAAAAAGAAAAAUCACCUCCUAUAACAGAUACACCUAAACGAAAAACAGACAUAAAGAAGACUAUAUUAGUUGAUGAAAUAGAUGGUUUGAAAACAAAGGAUACGAGUCCAGAAAUAAAAGAUAAAAUAAAAGAAAGUAUUAGAAAAAUUGAAGAAAACGUAUAUGGUACUAAAGAUAUGAUACAUAGCAGUCAACUGCCUCCUGAUAAACCACCACUCACUAGGGGGCAUACUGUUGACCAUAUUGUCAGAAUUUUGAAAGAAGAUCAGUCUUCACCACCAAAAACACAUUUGAUUUCACCACCAAACGGUACUAAUACUAAUCAACCGUUCUCUUAUAUAAAACCAACCGUUAGUCCGGAUCCUAAUCUAUUCGUAAGAGCAGCUAGUCCUGACAGAGUACCUUCACCUGUUAAUAAAAUGAAUGACAAAGGUGUUGUUUAUGCUCAAGUUAUUAGAGACUAUGGUGAUGCAGCUUCAAGUAAACUGGGAAAACAGACUAUUCAUAAAACUUAUUCUCCAUCAAGAGAAAAGUACGGCAAUUUCUCAGAUGAAGAUGAAGGAUUAGGUUAUGAGGAAAGAUAUAAGCAUCCUAAUAAUCACUUCGAUCACAAUAACAAAAUUAAUGAAAAAGAAAACUAUAACAGUUUUGAUAGUUAUAAAAUCACUGAUUCACCUAUAAGGCCCAAAUUUCGAGAGUACAAAUUAACGAGUUUUGAAGAUUUUGAACCUACAUAUGCAAAUGAAUAUCCAUCAAAUAAUGAGAAAACCCAUGAUUAUAUUGACGCUUUUAGAGGUAGAGCUGAUGGUAUGGAUACCAAGAAAAAAACUUACGAAAUCGAAAAAAAUAAAAUAGAUUUAGACUUUAAUGAGUUAAGUCACAGACGUAAACUUUUAGAAUCACGACUCAACGCCCGAAGAACUGAACGGGAAAGAGUGAAUACAGCUGAGCCUAUAACGAGGUACUUAACAGAAACUGAUCCGAUUUAUGAAGCUGAAAAACGUAGGCAAGCAACUGAAAAGUAUGUCGAUGAGACGGCGCGAUAUUAUCGUCAUACCUUAGAAAGAGAAGGAUUUGGUGAAAACGGUGUAACCGAAGAUUACAACAAAUAUGAAACCGAUACUCAUAAAGUAAAAUAUAAUACUGAAUCUCGAACAUUUCAAAAAGUUCCAAAGGGUGAAGUAGAUAGACGUGAGUUCAUUGAUAGUUUAGGCCCCGAUGGCAGGUACAGAGACGGCAGAAAGGUAUUUCCUCCAGAACCGGAGUACGAACCUCCUAGUCUAGAAUUAGUUACAGGCAAACCUAUGCUCACACCAGAUGAAUACAAAGAAAAAAAAUAUAAAGUAAAAAAGAAUUCAAAUUCUAGUCUUGAACUUUUACAAGGUGGUCAAAAAUACAAAAAUAAAGAUUCCUGGUUUGGUAAAAGGAAAGGUCACUACGCUUCUAAUCCUGAAAUAGCUCAAGAGAGAGAAGAUGAUUACGCAAAUAUACGUUAUGAAGCGAAGCAUGCCGAAUCUUACCACAACUCUUUACGUCGCGUCAAAAAUAAGGAAAAAGAAAGAUAUCCUAGGGAAGAUUUUCAAAUACGUCGUCAUGAUUCUGGAGAUAGUCGAGACUAUUACAGGGAAGAGAGAUCUCCGCCUCAUCGAUACGAUAUUGAUAAUCGCUUAGUCGAUUCCGGCAUUGAAAACGAUUUCCGUAAAGACUCUAGUGGUGAACUCCACAGAAGAUUUAGAAGACAUGAAAGCGACGACGAUGUCCAUAACACUUCAUUGUUAUUGGCCAGCGAAAGAAGACAUACAGAAGAUAAUUAUCCCAGUGAGCAAAUUUAUGCCAACGGCGAAUACUUGACACGAUUCAAAGAUUUCAGGGAAAACAGCUAUAGGAAAGAAUACACUUCGAGAGAGAGAAGCGCCGACGAUGGAUCCCAAUUAACGCAUAAAAAUGAUAAAUUUGAAAAAAGUCCAACUGAUGAAAAAGUUAGUGCGAAACCACCUAAAGCAACAAAAAAGCUUUCUGGACUCGAGAAGAUGAAACAGCUGUUCUCUCGCGACUCUUCAAAGAAGAGCAAAAAAGAGAAGGAAGAGGUCCAGCCGAAGGCUCGCACUCGGGUGCUCAAGAGCCCUGAACAUCUUGCUAGAGAUGACUCCGAGUAUAGAAGAUUCACUGAUCCGGAGCCAAGCGACAUCGUGGUCAAGAAGAUCAACUACGACUGCCAAGGAGACGAAAGGCGUAUCAGAAAUUCAAGGGAGGACCUGGACAGAUACAGGAAUUCUGGUAGUCCGGACAGAAAAUAUAAAGAACCAGAUUUUGACGACAGAUAUGAAAGAACGUUGAAAGAAGAAAGAAGAUACAAAGAGAGAAAGGAGGAGAAGAGAUACAACUCAUCAGAGAGAGACAGUGAUCAUAGACCUUCUGAUGCAGAAAGUGACCUCAGGAAGACGAGGUCUAGAACAGCUGGACCACUCGAUUCACCGGCCCUGGCGGAGAGGUACAGAGAGAGACGACGAUUAGCUACACCGAGCCCCACACCGUCACCGCCACGGAGGCAAGCUACCACAUCCAACUGGAUGAAGUCUCUGGACAGGUUGACAGCCAAGAAAAAGGGGAAAAUUAUUAAGGAAAAAGAAAGGGUUAUCACACCAGAAGACGAGCCACGUAAAGCCUGGGCUAAAACAACUAAACCUCUCAACUCUCCAGCAAAGAAUCUAAGAUUCUUCGGCGACACAGAUCUCGAGUCAGACUCCAACGUCAAACAAACAGCUACCAAAUCUAGAAGCACUCCAAAACCCCACAAUACAUUGAGAAAGACUAUCUCAAACUCUAGCACUGGUAUUGAUGAGGUAGAUCAUAGUGAGUUAUCAGGGAAAAGCUACUCUCUAACCAAUCUUCGAGAAGAGAAAAACGAAUCACCUAGAACGAAGCAAUACUACAAGAGGAAUUUGAGGAAUAUCUCCGAAAUCAGCAACUCGGAAACGGAAAGUCAUCUCGAUAGAAGAGUAGGAAAACCUCCCAUAAGUCCUUACGAUCGAUCGCGUAGUCACAGCAGUUCUAAAACUCUGAAAGGCAGUAAAGGUGAUUUGAGGAGGAGAACAGAAGAGAGAGGCAGUUCGACUGAACUGCGGGGGAGUAAGCAGGAGCUCUCUAGGGAUUUGAAACACCGUCGUAGAACACCAGGCACUAAUUCUGGUGAAAGCAGCACCGAAGGGGAUUCCAGCCACCAAUCGCAGCGUAGUGUUGUAUACUUGCACGCUACUACUGUCGGAGAUAUACCAGAUCCUGGCCGCCUAACUCGCAACCGAUCGCGUGAUGACGUAUCAUCAGUAAACUCCUCCAAUCUCCAAAUAAGGAGUACCACGAAAACCUUCUCCAUAUUCGCACCGUGGACGCCAAAGCAUUACGGUGAACAACAUGAUGUUCAUUACGCGCAAAAGCCCAGGAAAAGCAAAUCGAGGGAGGUCCAAAAACCGCCAUCUACACGAAAUACAGUGGAGCGGCCAGAAUCACUGCAAAAGCAUAAGUCUUACAGCCAAACAACUUUGACAAAGCGUCCUCAGAACAGCAGACUGACAAGCUCUAGCCAUACCCUUUAUAAAAAGGAUAAAAAGAAGGACGACCUCAAUAACAGCACUCUAUCAAGAAGAACCGUGAAGGACAACAAAAAGAGUCAAUCAAGUGAGAUUCUCAGUAAAGAGAACGAGAGAGAUAGACUGUCCCGUUCCAUUUCAAUGCCUAAAGAUAAUAACAAAAAGGCUGGCUGGUUUAAAUUAUCUAGUAAGAAUAAAAAACCUGAAAUCAAUACAAGAGUGCGUUGAAAAUAGAAUUAAGUUUAAAUGUUAAUCAAAUGAACAUGGUGAUAUAGAUCACAGAUGAAUAUGAUUUAAAUUGCAAUAACUUAUUCUAAAAGCCACGUGUAAUGUCAUUUAGGGUUGAGCUACAUCUGACAAUAUGUUAUCGAUUUUUCCCAUCGCCUUUGCCAGGGGUUGGCAACCUACGAUCAUGUUGAUGUAAACGGCUCUCAAGUAUAAAAAAUAUGUUAUUGUGGAAAUGCUCGUAUAAUCCAUUCAUAAUAGAGUAGCCAUAUUGUAAUACGAUUGAGAUAUGUCAUACGACUGAGCGAUGUACAUUCAAAGUCGUUUGUUUUAAAUAAAUUGUCAAAUAUGAUAUAAUAAUACUGAAACGAAAUCUUUCAGUGGAUCUUUAAAAAACUGUGAAAUCUAGUAAAUUGUAGCUUCUGACUCUUCCGUCACUGAAGGUUGCCGACUGAUGCCUUAUCAUUUUCUGACACUCAGAAUCGACUUUUGCGAGAAAGAUAGCGUUGUAUAUCGCCAUGACGAUUCCGCCCCGUGUUAUUUCACAACCACUAUCUUUCUCGCUCUAGCAAAUAGGAAUUCUGAACGUUAGAAAAGGAUAGAGACGAAUUAAAACGAUACAUGCUGCCAGGUAACUCAACUCUUAAUGGAACUAAAUAUAAAUAACAAUACCGUGAAGGCCUUCCGUUUGGUGCUGUAUUAAUGAAAUUAUAACUAAGUAGUGGUUACAUGAGUCAUUAAAGUGCCAUUGACCACAUUAAAUUGUUACCAUUUUUUUAUUCACUUUCCGAAAAGCAAGUCGACUUAGAUUGAUCAUUGAUAGGUGUAAAAAGUUAAUAUUUGAUGAAGGAAGUUAAAAAACUUAGCAAAUAUGUAUAGACUGAGUAUUUCUGCAGUUACAAAGCCAGUCUACAAUAGAAUUCGAUUCACCACAACACUGUCAUAGCAAGAUUCGUUCAAAUAAAACCUACUUUGAUGGGUAAUAAAGGUUUUACUUCAUUGAAACUCUAUGACGUGUCAGCUCUGACUUUCGUAGUAUCAAUAGCCUAGAGAAGUAAUGAUGCAAAAAUUUGAAUAAUAGUAUUCUAACUAUUACCUAUGUUGAAAUUCUUGUUUAUUUGGUAAAAAUACCUGCUUAAAUUAUGACAUAUUCUCAAGUAAUCACAUACUCAUCUAUAGAUACGAGAGUAAGACCGUGCGACGAGUUCGAGACUGUUUUUUAACAGAAUAUCACUGAUCAUCUAGAAUAGGGGUGUCAUAAUAAAUUCACUCAUUUAAUACUGAAGUUUUGUCACGUUUUGUUUUCAUACCUAUUUGUUUUAAUUUGACUGCUUCUCGGAAACUUAGUCAUUUUAAUUUUAAAAUCUCUUAGUUUUAUAACUAUAAUGCUUUUUCUUUACUAAUAAACGUAUAAUUUACAGUCUUAUAUAUGUGUUGUAUAUGCUAGAAGGGUUAAAUUAAACACACAAAUGUCUUCGCGAUUGAUUUUGAACCCUAUGAUCAACAUAGUAAGAUUUAAAAUUGGAAAAGUGUGACUUUUCUAUAACCUGUCGUUUUGUUCUAUUCCCUAUAUUUCGAUCACGAUUAAAUAGUAUGAUAAUAAUAGCAGUCUUAUAAAAUACGAUAAACUAACACGCCUACCAUCAUUACUUACACAUAUGUGAUAAUUUGUUUAACUACAAUUAAUUUAUGUGAUUAUGAAUAAUUUUUAUUUCUCAUAAAAUUAAUCAUUGUAUUAUCGAUUUAGAAAUAAAAUGUUUAAUAU